AUGUGGCCCGCGGGCUUCGAGGGUGCCCGCGCGCUCGGCCGGAGGACUCUGCCGCAUCUGCUGAGCCUGCUGCUUCUGCUGUCGCUGCCGCUGCCAAAGCCACUCGUGCCAGUAACCCACGCCCAGACUAUGCCUGGGUCCCCCAGCGCCCCGACCACACCGCGCCUGCCCAGCGUCCCCAGCGUCCCGGGUCUGCGGGAGCGCGCGCGGGCCCUGAUGCGGGACUUCCCACUGGUGGACGGCCACAACAACCUGCCCCUCCUCCUGAGAAAGCUUUUCCGGAACAGGCUACAGGAUGUUAACCUGCACAAUUUUAACCGUGGCCAGACCAGCCUGGACAGACUUAGAGAUGGCCUCGUGGGUGCCCAGUUCUGGUCUGCCCACGCCCCGUGCCAUACCCAAGACUGGGACGCCGUGCACCUCACACUGGAGCAGAUUGAUUUGAUCCACCGCAUGUGUGCCUCCUACUCCGAGCUGGAGCUUGUGACCUCAGCCGAAGGUCUGAAUAGCUCUCAGAAGCUGGCCUGCCUCAUUGGCGUGAAUGGUGGUCACUCACUGGACAGCAGCCUCUCUGUGCUCCGCAGUUUCUACCUGCUGGGAGUGCGCUACCUGACGCUCACCGACACCUGCAGCACGCCCUGGGCAGAGAGUUCCACCAAGUUUAGACACCACUUCUACACCAACUUCAGCGGGUUGACAAGCUUUGGUGAGAAGGUGGUGGCAGAAAUGAACCGCCUGGGCAUGAUGGUGGACUUGUCCUAUGCUUCGGACACCUUGGCUCAGCGGACCCUGGAGGUGUCGCAGGCUCCUGUGAUUUUCUCCCACUCAGCUGCCAGGGCCGUGUGCAACAACUCACUGAAUGUACCUGAUGACAUCCUGCAGCUUCUGAAGAAGAAUGGUGGCAUUGUGAUGGUGACGCUGUCCAUGGGGGUACUGCAGUGCAACCUGUUUGCUAACGUGUCCACUGUGGCAGAUCACUUCGACCACAUCAGGGCAGUCAUUGGAUCUGAGUUCAUGGGGAUUGGUGGAAAUUAUGACGGGUCUGGCCGCUUCCCUCAGGGGCUGGAGGAUGUGUCCACAUACCCAGUACUGAUAGAGGAAUUGAUGAGUCGUGGCUGGACUGAGGAAGAGCUUCAGGGUGUCCUUCGUGGAAAUCUGCUGCGCGUCUUCAGACAAGUGGAGCAGGUGAGAGAGAAAAACAGUAGGCAGAGUCCUGUGGAGGAUGAGUUUCCAAACAGGCAGCCGGGCAGUUCCUGUCACCCCCACCUCCUGCCUCAGCGUCAGCGUGAACACCUGGCUUCCCACCUGGACAUGAACAAGUGGCCAACCAGUCAGGUCCUUCAGAAACCCUCAAAAGCCCCCCUACACCUCAGCCCAAGCUUAGUUGCUACUGCCACUUUCUCAGUCCUCAUCUUUUGGCUCUGGUGACCUGGCCAGGCCCUGAGAUGUCACUGUGGCAGCAGUAGACUCCCCCACAAAGUGCCCUUCUUAGUUGUCCAGGCAU